AUGGAUCGUAUCCGAAACACUACUCUGCGCUCCAAAACGAGGCUUAUGGACGUGGGCAGGAAAGCGGCUGGCUUAAAACGGAACUGGGCAGGACACGUCACCCGCAUGCACCCGGACAGAUGGGCGCGUCUAGUUACGGAGUGGCAACCGAACGGUCGGCGAAACAGGGGCAGACCCAAGAAAAGGUGGCGCGACCAGCUAGACGCUGCAGACAAAGAGUGGCCAAAUACAGCGAAGAAUAGAGACACGUCACACGCGUUCGCCGCCCAUUGCACGAGUCUAUCCGGUUACAGAGCGCCCAGUGCCUUGGGCAGCUCUCCCGGAGUGACAGCAGAAUGUCGCGCGGAGAAGCUACGCUGGAAGCAGACGCCGCUGACUGGGCCGCUGUAG